UGAAAUAAAUAAAUCUUUUCAAAAGUAUGUGCAUCUUCUUGCGAUCUAAAUUGAAUCUGCCAUCAUUACAUGGUAUUGGAAACUUUAUAGUCAUAUAUUUGCUACGAAAUGCUUUUUCUCCUUCUCCUAAUUCAUUUAAUUAAAAUUAUUGCAUCAGGUAUGUUUGGUAUGUUUUUGGUAUAUUUUUACAAGUACACUUUGCUUUCAUGUGCAACUUGCUUUUUUUUAUUGUCAUUUACUCAGAUGUCAAAAAUUGUUCUUAGCGUUGGAACAUUUUAUGAUCAUUUGGUAAAAUUUAUAUAUAUAUAUUAUCGCUUGUCUACUUAUGGUUCUGUGUAUUUGUCAUGUAUGCUUGAUGUGAACUGCAGUUUUUUAAAAAUAUGCCACAGAUAGUAAAUUCCACCAAAAAGUUGAAACUGGGAUGCAGAUAAUCAGAAAGUAUCUGCCAUGUCUUUUGAGAGAAAACCACACCUGUAGUGCCAAGAAUGGGACCAAUAUGUUCAUGCUUGUUUUUCUAGUCUUUUUGCCAUUAUCCAGAUUGAAUUAUCUCUUGUGGAAAGGAAAUGAUUGUGUUCCUGUGUAUGACAUUAAAAUAUCUGUCUGAUCAACUAUCCACCAAUAAGAAACUUUCCAUAUUUUCUGUGACAGACUUUCUGCAUACAGAAGUCCUAAGCUCUGUCCUUGUACAUGUUUUUUAAAAAUCAGAAUUCAAAUGUGUAGUUCUCAAAGAAAUUCUUCUCAUAGGAAUACAUUACAUUUACUGACAGUAGAACAUUUAAAAUAUAUAAUUUACUUUUAGGUGAGAGCUUCCUUUUUUCAUGUUUGUAUUCAUUACUGCAUGAUUUGCUAUUUGAAUUGCUUCAAGCUAUAAGUAAUUUUUGUUAAUAUUUUUUCAACUAAUUACUGAAUGCCUGUUUAGAUCAACAUAUCAAUGAUGGGACAGAUCGAGACGAUUAAAAUCGAAGACAGGACAGAAGAGGCUACUGCAAACAGAUCCAAGUUGUAAAUCCAUCCGCAUUUCAGAUUCUCAGUCCUGUUGUAAAGUAACAACAUAAAGUCAAAAACAUUAUAAGUAUAAGAGUUGUAGCUCAUUAGCAGCAAACAUUGUUAAUCUUGCAAUGAAUAUAUGAAUGAUGCUUCCAAACUCAGUGAAUGCAAAUAUUUCAGUGAGCAAAGAACUAGCAUUUGCGGGAUGUUGAUUAUUGUAAUUUCAUUUUCAUUUGUUUAUGACUAUGGAUGAAUUAAAUCAAUAUAAUUGUUGUUAUCAUAGGUCAUACUUUUGGCAUGCUUCCUAUGUAUCUUAACUGUUGAAAAAUAUAUUGUCGAGAUUCUGUACAUUUAAAAAAUAUACUCCCUUUUGUAUUCCUACAUUUAUUAAUUGGAAGGAAUUUCAUUGGCAGAGCCGUCUAGUUUAUUUACAGAAAUUAUAUAGAUAUAAAUAACACAUUUUGUAACUUUUCUAAAUUCUUAUUAUACAGCAUGAUUUAAUAGCUACACAAGGUAUGGGCAGAGCAGUAUACAGUAAUAUCUGUUGCACUUUCUGAGGUCAGUGGUAGUCAUACAUAGCUUAAUUCUUAAAUUUGUUAUUUAUUCAUAAUUCGUUUAAAUAAUGUUAUGGCAGUUUAUUUCUUUCAUUCUUAGUUUUGGAAGUAAAACAUUUGACUUUUCUAGGCCAGAAGUUUUAGCUAAUGUUCCCAAGACAACCCAGGCUUUCUUGAGCUCUCAUCCGGACAUUUUAGUUGUUGACUCUGGCAUAGAAGUUAGAAAUACAAGCUGUCUUUUGGGCUUGGAGUCUGAUCCUCUUCAGGAGAACAGUGAUGACAAAUUUGUGCAUCUUGGCUCACCUUUAGUUACUGAAAGGGAAGAUCAACAAAGGCUAAUCCAUUACCAUCUGGAAGAAAAAUUUUCAAUAUGUCUUCUGUGAUAAUGCAGGCUAGAAGGUUAGAGCAGCAUUCUCUAAAUUGUAAAUUUAGAGGCUCAUUUGUUUUUGACAAAAUGAUUUGAUGUGGUCUUUCACUACAUAUAACUAUAUGCAAUAAAAGUUUAUGUGGGGAAAUGGCAACAAUUUGUUCUGACCUGAAGAAAAGUAGCCUAAAUCAGCUUGCAGCAUUAGGUCACUUAUCUACUGGCAGUGGAUUUUUGCACGAGAAGGAAAAGUUCAGCAUCAUGGAAAUUCCAUAUAUGAGCAAUUCUACCUUUGCAUCUUGUGAGUGAUGAGAAACUUUUUUAUGAAACAUGUAUUUAUAAAGGCAUUGAAGUAAGACAGAAGGCAUUGGUUGUGUCUUUUUUCUUUUUUUCAAACUGCCCUCUUUUAAAAUGUAUAAAGAUAUUUGGACAUUUCAUACCGAAAAAAAAUUGCAAACUAUUUUGUGGGAGAUUAUUUGUAUUCAAAAUUAUAAUUUGGUACAGUAUUUUCUGCAAGAUUGUAUAUCAUUUUAUAAAUAUUUUCUUAGUUUCCGUAUUGUGAAAUUUGUUUUGAAAGGGAAGAUUUUCAAUUUUUCAGUUUCAAACAUUCAUGGAAUUUUUCCCCCCUUUAAUCAUUUUGUUGACAAUGAUUUAAAGAGAGGUUCAUGAAUGUGUGGAGUAAAUUCAAAUGAAAUAUGAAAGACAUAUAUUUUUAUUCAUAUUUUUUCCAGCUAUGAAUAACUAUAUAAUUUAAUCAUUUUCCAGGCUGAUUGAUUUCAGGUAUUUUUUUCAUAUGUGUACUGAAGUCUUUGCUAAUAUUUUUGCUUAUUUAUUAAAUUUUUCCCCAUUGUUUAAUAUGAAUAUAUUUUCUGAUGUUAUUUUGUUCUUUAAGUUUAAAAAAUACUGAAUGCUACCAAAGAAGAUUUAUGAUGUUUAUUUGCAUAAAAUCUAAACAUUGUAUGUAGCUGCAGUAAAAGCAUUAAAAUAUAAUAAUUAAUAAAUCCUGUCUAAAACAUGUGUUGAAAAGCUUCUUUUGCAAUAUCUCAGAUGUUCAGAUCCUUGUUCAUUAUUGCUCAAGAUCUUCAAAAAGUCAGUGUGCAUUAGCAUUUCAAAUUUAUUACUCUGUUUCAUACAGACAGUGUUAAAACUGGUUUUCCUGGAUACCCAGAUAUAUUUAUAACAUGGGCACUUUUGUAUAUUGGCCAAGACUUUCCUCAGAACAUAUUAGGUAAUUUAAUGUUUUUCAUGAUAGCUUGAAAGCUUUAGUGCAGACCAUUUAUAUGCAAAUUUUCCUUCCAUGUUUCCCUUAGAAAAAAAGGGCCUUUUUCCAUUUUGCCAGCGCAAACGAUAAAGUCGCCAAUAAUGGUACAACUGAUGUCAAACGGAAUAUCUUCGCUGGUAAUCUUUUACCGAUCAUUUUCAAAACAAGUCGCAGCCAUUUAUCAGAUUGAUUGUUUCUUUCAA